UAGCACUUACAUCUUUAAUCUGAGAAGUCUGACUUUUGUGAAUACGUACUGCCAUGCACUGCACAGAACGGUCAUGAAAUGCGGUCUACUAUCCCGCAGUGUUAUCCACGGUCAUUAAGAGCUGUUUGUUUAUGCUAGGCAAAAUAGUGAGCCUUUUCCCAUUUUUUAACGGCGUCGAUUACAAUGAUUUUAAUUCCGUUCAGCGCUCAAUUCUUCUGUAAUUAAUUGGCGUUAUGAUAACGUUUACUUAGUUUUGUUUGUCAUCUUGUUGGGCGUGACCACUGCCAGCCUCGCAAACGUGAGAUCGACGAGUGAUGUUUUGCCAAGCAUAAAUUUAUCGAAUAUGAUCAUGAUUAGAACGGCCUUGAAAAUCUAUGGGAAAACAAGCGCAGUGUAUGGGCAGCUAUAAUUUUAGAUUUGAGUUAUCAAGAGAUAUGUUCCCCUUGAUUUACCAGCCCAGCUGGUCAUUUGUGACUGUUACGUACUGUUACAGACCGCGAAAAGAUACCGGCUUCUUCGUUGUGCCGUUAUAAGACUGUUAUAGACAAGCCGGCCUACUCGUCGUGCACAGUUUCAUAGCAAUCUCUAUUUCAUGCGCGACAGUAUAGUGAUCUCUAACCGUUAACAGAAAUUAUUGGAUUGUGCUAACCAAGAUACUCGCACUUUUUUCCAAUUGUGCCAUCGCUUUUUAUGCACUGUCAUGUUCCCACGCUUGUUAGAUAUUCUACGAUUUGUCGGCUUCUGGGAUUAAUUAGUGCAGUUGUGAAGCAUAGUUCGCCAAUGCUUAACGCGCGCUUAACGAAGACAUUAAUUUCGAAAUUAUCUCUGUCGAACCGUGUUUGCAGCGCAGUAUUUGUAAUAGAUGAUCCGUGCACCGGUAGAAUGGAACUAUGGAUAUAAUAAUAUCACCCGCCAUUGCUUUUUUUACGGCGAUAGACUGCGCAUUAUGUGUUUCUUUAUUCUUACGAAGGAUAUCAUCAGCAUUCACCGGGUAGCAAAUGCUAUCACUAUUUCUCCAUAUUUUACAAUUGCUAAAAUACGAACGUAUUGCAUAAGGAGUCUGAGUACUAGUUCGUCUUGGAGCUAACGCCAACGACAAAAAAUGACGAUGCUCCUGUCUGUCUUAAUAGCUGUGAUCCCCUUUAUAAUACUAUAUCCCUCAACUGCCUCAUCAUCGCUAACCGCCCAUUUCGAUGGACCGGAAACGGCAACGCCGGCAUCUACAGUUUCAUUCGAGUGUUCCUGGGAAUCGGAUGAUAUUGUUUUUCGCAUAUUAUGGCGCAUCCAGUCGUUAUUAAAUAACAACACCCUGGAGUAUAUCCUCAAAGGUUACGGUGAUAAGAUUCCGAUCCCAUUGUCCAGUAAUCCGUUGAGUGACCUCCAAGGCGAUCUGCGAGUGGAUGUCGACAGUCGGACAUCCGUACUGACCAUACGCAAUGUAUCAUUUGCGGCGGAAGGGAAUUAUACGUGCUCAAUUAGUUCGGUAUCGGCUGAGAAACAACUGGCCAGAUCGUUCAGAGUAAUCGCACCACCUGACCAGAUCAUUUCUCGCUUGAGUGUUUCAUCAGACAACACCACCUUCCUGGAGGAUGGGGCAGUGAUUGGGCCGUAUUACGAGGGAACGGAGUUCGAGUUAAAUUGCUAUGUUGCCUACUCCCGGCCACCUGCGACGUUGAAAUGGUUACGAGUCAAUCAAGAAGGUCAAUCAUUUUCACUUGAGAACCAGAGCGGUCUGCAGAAACAACAAAUGGACCCUAGCGGUGUGUGGAGAGUCAACCGGGCCCUGUCGUUUCGUCUGGAUUCCCGGGAUUUGAUGGGCAAUGUAUUGAUCUGUCAAGCGGAAAACGAGGCCAGCAUCCAUCCUGUCCAAGUGUCCUACAGACUGGAUUUACUAGUACCGCCUGUCAACAUUUCCCUAUCGAAACCGCUGCAGCUGAAAGAGUGGACAACGUACAAUAUUACGUGCGAGACGUGGGAUGCCCGGCCGCAUGCCCUGUUAACAUGGGCGCUGGAUGGUGAACCGGUGGCACGGUUCAUUCGCACCGACAUCAUCCCGAUGGCUACCGGCGGAGCGAUCACCCGGAGCAUGUACACGUACAGCGCCAACCCGGACGACAACGGGAAAGUACUCAGCUGUAAUGCCACACAGGAAGUGUUGAGCAAGCAAGGAAGAAUCAUGUCGGAUUCGAUGGUUCUUAACAUCGCGUAUUCUCCACGAAAUGUCAUGACGUCGCGCUCGCAGUUGUCGCUCAUUGAGUUCCUCCGACCCGAGACGGAUGCGGCCGGCGGUAUUAACUGCACGGCGGAUGCCAAUCCACCGGCUCAUUUUGUGUGGAUUCACAAUAUGAUGGUUAUCAGUUCCGAACCGACACUUUAUUUCAACCGAAAUAUUACGAGAGAUGAUGCCGGAGAGUACUUGUGCAUUGCUACUAAUGAAGUGGGCCGCACUAAUAUUAGUCUCCAGGUCGAUGUCCACUAUCGACCAUUUUGUACCCGCUGCGCGAAUGCCAGUAAUCCCUGUCUAAUUGGCAUCGGUACCGGUCAACAACAAAGUGUCCGCUGCAGUAUGGAUGCCAAUCCCCUGAAAGAGCUGACAUACACGUGGAAUGCCAGUAGCACCGAUAAAACUGAUGAUAUCGUUGGCGAUGCCGAUGUGGAACCGGCUGAUGCAGCCGCUUCAUCUUCCUUAUCAUCAUUGUUAAGUAUGACAAGCUCGGCGAUUAAUUACACGGUUCGGUCGGCCUAUGAUUAUCGGCGACUGCAAUGUUGGUCCAAGAAUCAUGUCGGUGUAUCACAUACGCCUUGUUACUACCGCAUCGUCCCGGCCGGACCGCCCCAUCCACCGGAGAAUUGCUCAAUUAUUGCCGUUAUGGCCAGUGGAUUUACCAUUAAGUGUAAGCCGGGUUUUGAUGGAGGCUAUCCGCAAAAGUUCCUCUUAUCGGUGCUGGCCGGCAGCGGCAAUAUGGUGGCAACGGGCGGCGGCAUGAGCAAUGAUGAUGUUCCGCAAGCGCGCUCCAUUAACUCCGCCGCUGCACCCAAUGCCCAGAAGACCCGACAAUUCCAGAACGUUGUACUGGAGCCCAAGGAAGUCACGGUGCCGGAGUGGCUGGAGAAAGGUUUAUCGGCGGGGCGGGACUACCAAGUGGAGAUUAUGGCCAAGAAUGAGAAGGGCUUCAGUCAGCCGGUCUACCUGCCGCUUAAAACCCUGCAGACCGAGGAUAAGCCGCCCGUUCUUUCCACGACGCUAAUUGCCGUCAUCGCCGGAAGUCUCGGUGGUUUUGCACUUUUAGCCCUCGUCGCCACAAUUGCAUUCCUCUGUAUAAGGAAGAAAAAGAAAGGAGACUCCAGCGCUGCAGUGUCCGAAACCCACUCAAAUAAUAGCAGCAGCAGCGGUAGCAAAUCGGAACUGGUCAAGGAGGCCCAGCAGAACGGUAAACAUCCGGAUCUGGCCGGCGAAAAGAAAGAAGGAACAAAAGUCUCCAGUCUACGCUUCCAAAGAAAUGGCUCGACCAAGGGCGAAGUGGCCAAUACGGACUCAACGUAUACACGCGCUUUGGAUCUUGGGAAAAAACCAUACAAAGCGACGGACCAUCGGCAGUCCGAUGGAAUUAUUUAUGCCAAUCUGGCCUUGACCAAAUUACCUUCUGCUUCGCAGCCAGCCGUUGCGCCUAAACCACCACUGUCCGCAUCCCUGCUGAAUGGCACCCGCCCAUCGGAUCGUACCCAGUAUGCCGUAAUUGACGUCACAAAACAGCAGAAACGUGCCGCACCCCGACCGGAUGCGGAGAUGCUGGCGCAAGAGCAGGAAGCCGACAGGACGGGACAGAUAGUGGACAAACCCUCUUCUACCAAUGGAUCGGCACUACAUAAUGGUGAUGGAGUUAUAAGGACAGUGGCGGUUGUUUAAACUGACGUUUUAGCGAGAUUUAACAAAUGUUACUUAUUUGGUGUCAGAUGGUCAACACCCACAUUGGGAAUUCUCGUUGUCUAGAAUCCUUUCUCAAUCGACACUAGACUAACUGGUUGAGUUAGCAACACUUUUCUGAUUUGGAUGCAGGGUUUUCUAGAGCUAACGACAGUUUUGUAUGUGCCAUUGAUUACAGUAGUAAUAAUACUAUUA